GUCAACACUUAUUAUUUUGUUCAUCACUUAUUACAGAUUUUUUGUUAUAAAUUUGAGUACAUUAAUUAUGUAAUUUGUAAAAUGAUGCUGUAGUGGAGACCUUGCUACAACACUAUUAAAAAUCUUUCCUUUUUGUGAGAUAAGGUUUGUAGAAUAGUGAGAUUCUUUUGUAUGUUGAAUCUUGAUCUGUUCUGAUGGUGGGAAUGCUGGGGUGAUGUAUCUCACUGUGAGCUGGUACUUGGCUAUUUGCAUAACACGGCAGUUCUGUAUAUUCUUUUGGCUAACUGUAAAUAUAUAUGUUUCAUAAUAGCUUAGUUGAAUUUUUGAGGUACAGCUGUUUGUGUGAGAUUAGAAAAAAGUUUAUUUCUAAGAACUUGUAAAAAAAAUAUUUUCAAUAAAAUUCCCUACCUCACCUCUAUUGUGCAGAAAUGAUCCCAUUUUCCUGUUUAAUUUUUCCAACUCUCUUAGUAAACACUAAGAYCCCCUUUCAGUUUUUACAAAACAUWGCUAGCUUUCAUCCAACCACUCAAAUAAUGGAAUGCUGGAAAGUCUGAAGUCUUACUUGUUUCCGUUAUUUCUAUUAUAUUGAUCAGGUAUUUGGUACCUGAAAAGCAAAUUCUAGACAUUUUAUGCCAUCUUAAGCUGCUCCUUCUCUCUAUCUUGGGGGCAGAGCCUGCGCAGUGCAGUAACAGUAUAGUGYCUGGCCAGGUGUGAUGGUGGAGGGUUUUUUAUUUUUCUUUUUAGCAUUGAGGGGGUGGGUGACACUGCUACACCAAGCAUCUUUCUAAAACCUUAGGGGGAAAAUUUCCAAUGCAGGGAAGAUGAUAGGACAAAUACUUUAUUUACUUUCUUUAACGUAAAGUAAAUGCACAUAAGCAUAAUCAGUUCUAUCAAUAAAUGUCUUGAGCCUUGGACGUUGUGCCAGACUGAACAAGCUUAUUAAUUCCUCCUUUCUCUGAAAGGCUUAACUCCUUGCACCUUAGAGAGAUAAUUAGUUUCAGGAGUAUUUUCUCCCAUUGCUACUGGAUGUGACUCUUUCUCUGGCUUCUAAAGUGGAUAUAGGAAAUCCAAAUCCAAUUUAUAACCUUAAAACUUUCAGUACCUGGGUUUGAUKCCCCUAUAUUCCUACUUGUGUAGCAGCAACAGUUGUGUUGCCACAGUUCAGAGAUUGUAUUCUUGUGAGCAGCACCUAAAAUAUCUGAGCUAUCCCAUUGUGCAGGUCCCUGUGGGAAGGAAAAAGUAGAGGAGAAGAGGCACUGGAGUGUGUCCUGGAGGUCCUUCCUUGGGACAACUCGUGUUCUUCGCUUGAUAUGAGCASUGUAGAAAUGGCAUUGGUUCCUGCUGAGCAUGGUGGAAAAGCACUGAUUUGAACCCAAAUAAUCUCAAGAGAUGAUGGGCUUUCUGGAACCGGUGUCUGCCUCCUUGGAAAGAGGUAGAUACGWGUAUUUUAAGACAAAUUUUUACGUCCUGUUGCUGGUAGUAGUUCUAAGACAAGUGUAAAAUAGCUGGGUUGGCCUGCCUGUGGCCCUCCCUUCUGAGAUGUGAGCCAUGGCUCACGUUACCAUGUGAAAGAAACCCUGGGUACCCCAUCAAUCAUCAGGACAGGGUUGUAUUUUCAGGUUGUGAGAUUUAAGCUCCAAAUCUUGAGCAAACCUGCAGUUGCAGCRAGUGCUUGGUAGCCUGCAUGCACUGUAAUAGGUUCUUACUGGUUUCAGGAAGGAGCACUGUAGUUUAAACCAGCAAGGGUUGCCCUGCUCCAACACUGUUACAAAGCAAGUGUGACCCUGCUCACUGAGUCACACASAGUCUCAUGAAAAAAUUGCUUUUCAGGAUUUCACACCCUUUCCCCGUGUUAUAUUGGAUACCUGCAAUCAGGCAUCUGGAAAAUCGGAUCUCAAGUAAGAAACAUGCAAAGUUAGACUUGUUUCUAGACUGGCUCAGCCAAGUGACCCAAGGCCCCCCAGACUAACAGGGUUUGGUUUAGCUGUACUGGGCCCUGGGCUGGGCUUCAGGUAAAGCUCUGAUUAAGUUGAAAUACCACUGUUGCAAGUCCUGGCCUUUAAUUGCCACCUCAUUCUUGAAGUCUGGUUAAACAAAAGGAAAAAUAUGCUUUCACAUUUUGAUUAAAAGCUCAGGUUCAAGUUUUACAAACCUGUAAUCACUACUUUUAGUGUAAUUAGCUGGAUGAAACAUGACAAAUUGCAAAUAAUUGGUAAUAUUGGAGAAGUCUAAGUGUUAGUUUUGCUUGUAAGAUAUGCGUAAGAAGGGGGUUUAUAAUGCUGACUUUUUUUAUUAAUGAUAUAUUCUAGAGCAUUCCCAUUCUGUCCCUGCUUAUGACUCUCAUUUCAGUUUCAUUUCAUGCUAAAUAAACCCUCAUAUUUGCUUUGCAGCUUUGUUGGAGACUCUACCUUAAUCUGAGAAGAAUUAGUACAUAUGAUGGAAUUAUGUACAUCCCACCUGAAUUCACAUGCCAGGGCUCCUACCUUUGUUCUGCAAGGUACUUUAAGGUGAAGAUGCUUUACCAUGAUGUUGCCAUGGAUGUCUGGCAUGAGCACCAACCAGUAUUCCUCAAAAAGGGACUGUUAACUGCUUGAACUUUGAAGAUUACUGUGAUGUUAGGAUUUCUCUUAUACUGGAAUGGCAUAAUGUUCUGUCAUUGUUAUGUGACAUUAUACCUACAGAAAUUAUUAA